AUGAACUCCUCAUUCCACCACUUCUCUGCAAAUGCGACAUUCGUUGGCCCACCACCAACAUUUCAUCAGAUUCUGGCAAUCGUUUUGAUGUCAAUUAAAAUAAUUCUGAAUUCAAUUGGCUUACUGCUCAAUUGUCUGCUCCUUUGGCUUAUAAUUUCGAACUAUCAAAAAUUGCACAAAACCUUCAGUAUUCUAUUAACCUAUACUCUUAUUAAUGAUUGUCUCAUCUCAGUCACACUUUUGCUGACAAUUAAGAGAAUAGUCCAAUGUCACGAGACACUAGCAAUGGUGUUCUUCGGUCCCUGCACAUUUGUCUCCACAUCAUUCUGUCAUGUCCUUGAUGCAGUACACCUUCAUGCUUUACAAAACUGGAUUCUCUCUCAAAUUUUGCUCAUUGGAUUUCGAACAGCAAUGCUCUCAUCGGCUCAGUCAUUUAUAUCAAUGAAAAGGACAAUCACAUUCUGUAUGUUAGCCUGGCUUCCCGGAUUGAUUUCUUUGGGUCUUCAUGUUACAUACCGAUUUUCUCGUCCUAGGCUGUUGGAGUUGAUUCAUCGAUGUUAUUCUGAGGAUUUUUCGUAUAGUUACAUCAGUGGCUACGAAUCUUUCUACAACUCGCCAAUACCCUUCACAAUAGCAAUGCUUCUACUUCCAAAUAUCCCUCAUUACUUUCUUGCCUACUGUUUCCGUCAUAAACAGAAUAACGAUUUAAAAAGAACAACAAUGUCAAUGACAACUCUUCGAAUGCACAGUACUCUCCGGAAAGUGUCAACUAUGAAAGCAUUCCUCCCACUCUUCCUAUUGGCAGAUGUACUUAUUUACUUCUUCUGUCAAUUAGAACUGCUACCUCCACAGUUUAUUGAAUAUUUUCUAGGCACGAUCUCCAGUUCCAUAAAUAUAUUGAAUCCCGUAAUAGCUAUGUGUUGCUUUCGACCGUAUCGGAAGAUGUUCAAAGAAUAUUAUCGAUUGAUUAUAUCAAAACUAUCAGCCCAUCCAAAAGUCAUGUUCUCUGAAGGAAGUUCCGACGAGGUUGUGAAUUUGUGAAAUAUAAUAUUUUUAUUGUAUACUGCUCAAGUAUCUACGGGUUCUCUUAUUGUUGUAUGUUAUUUAUUGUAAAUAAUUUUAUUGGACAAGUGUUUUUUCUUAGAAUUUCGUAAAACUUCUGAAAAUUCAAAAUUAUUGUAUCUUCAACAAAGAUAUGAAUAUAAACUU